AUGAAGCCUGAAAACAAAGAAGCAAAACCCGGCGAUGGAAUUCGGUCAAUGCAAUCGUCUACAGCAUUUCGAGUUAUAAAUUUUGAACUAUAUGCAAAACCUAAUAUGGUUAUCAUGGCUUUAGGAGCUACAUGUUUUGGUCUGGCUCUUGGAUAUAUGGCAUACAUGAGAACAAAAUAUGAAUCAAUGGGAUAUUAUGCAGCUGUUGACAAAGAUGGUAAAGAGAUAUUUGAAAAGAAAAAAUCCAAAUGGGAUUAA